CCAGCUCCUAGCACACUCAGCCCCUGCAUGUUUUCUUUAUUUAUUUUUUAAAAAGCCUCGCCCUUCUAGGCUCUCCUUGGCUCAAGCCCUUCUUUCCCCUUCCUUUUCCACCAUGAAGAUCAAAAUAGCAGCCCUUUUAGCUGCAAUUUUGGGAGUCGUCGGCGUCUUCCUUUUUCUAGUAGCCUUCGGGACAGAUUACUGGCUGCUGGUGACGGAAAAGUGCGGAGGAUUUGAAGCGAAGAACAACAAUCACUCCUCUGAAGAGGAUGGAAAGCAAGUCUGGAAAGAAGGCGGUAAAGGGAUCCUGACCUUCCAUCAUGAAGGUUUCUUUUGGAGAUGCUGGUUUUUUGGCGAAGAUUACAGAGAGACUAUAUGGAACUUCUGGUUUACCAGCCAAGCCCAUCCUAAGCACUGUAUGAACGCCUACCUGUUUCCAAUGCCGAUUGUGCUUGGGCCUCAUCCUCACCCCUCCUAUGACACAACCGCAGUGUACAGGGGAUUCUGGACAGCGCUGAUUGUCCUGGCCAUCACUGCCAGCCUUGUGGGUGUGUUUUUGUUGGUGUGCGGUGUGCCCUUUGUCAACGCGAGAUUCUAUAAAGUUGGAGGUGGAUUCCUUAUGGCUGCUGGAUGUCUAUUUACCCUGCUCAUAUUUAUGUUUGUGGUGUGGAAAGAAUUUGCUGCUGAUCUCCGUAAAUACGUACUACUGGAAAGAAGCGAAAGGUGCCCAGGUGACACCCCUCUGUCCGUUUAUUACGGCUGGUCUUUCAUGUUUGCGGCUGCUGGGAUCCCAUUAGUGCUCCUGUCCGGUCUUCUCUUCUAUCUGGUUGGGCACAGCAUCCUGAAGGAGCUUGAGUAAAGGAAAGCGACCCCCUAGGAAGGAGAACUGUCUUCUUACUUAUUUAUUUCUAGAACGAGUGAUAUUGUGCCAGGGGUAUUAAGUAAUGCUGUGGAAUCUCCCAAGUGGCAAAAUAGUAGAUUAGACACACAGAUUCUAAUAUUUACCUUGUUUCAUUGGGUUUUUUUUUUUUAAUGGUCGAUUUCCAUGACUCUAUGUUUCUGAGAGGAGCCACGUAAGCAAGCAAUUUUCUAAGCUGCUCUCUAUGUCAAAUUAUUCUCCAAAGACACCAGAGGGCAGGGCAAGAAAUAAUGGUUGGAAACUAAACAAAGAGAGAAGCAACCUGAAAUUAAGAAGAAACUUCCUAACAGUGAAACAAUUAACCAGUGGAACAGCUUGCCUCCGGAAAUUGUGGGCGCUCCAUCAUUGGAAGUUUUUAAGAAGAGACUAGACAGUCACUUAUCUGAAAGCAGGAGCAGGAGGCUGGACUAGAAGACCUCUAAGGUCCCUUCCAACUCUAUUCUAUUCUAUUCUAUUCUAUUCUAUUCUAUUCUAUU